UUACCCCUACUCAUCUUGGGUUUGGGUUGGACUGGUCAGUUCUUGACUGCACUGAUGUUGUCUAUGCAAAUGGACUAUGCUGCAACCACACGUGAUGGCAGAAAUGGCACCAUUAUUUGGACAUUACCUGAUAACUGUGCCUCUCUCGACGUUACUUCUUUACCCUUUGCACAAACUGUACUUGUCACUUUUCCCAUUAAGCAACCACAGUGCCUUGAUGCUCUCAUAAAUGCAUAUGAGGCUCAACAUGGACAAUCUUCUCAAUGGAUUCUUCUUUCGUCCACGCGUCCAUUUAGUGGUGACCCAGCUGAUAGACAUACACCACUCGAUAGAUCCAAAGAUACAGGACGUAUGUCUGCAGAGGAUACUCUUAUUCAAAGAGGUGGUUCUGUUUUACAUUUAGCAGGCCUCUGGGGAAAUCAAAGGCAACCAAAGAAUUGGGUUCCCCGUUUUCCAACAGCUGAAGCCAUACGUAAUAAACUCCUUCAACGUCAACUUCACUUGAUUCAUGGCAAAGACGUUGCCCGUGCUAUUUUGGCAGUCCAUCAGCAGUUUAAACCAGGGGAAAGAUGGAUAAUUACCGAUCAAACUUGCUAUGACUGGAUAAAGCUAUUUUUAGCUUGGGGCAGUGACGAGCAA